GGCAGCUCCCUCGACGACAUUUUUCGAUCCCGUCUGGUCCAUCGGUGGUCCUUCUUGCGUCUCCACGGACAUGUUGGGUCGCCAACGUUCGCCUUCACGGAAUUCGACGCCAACGGUUAUCGUUUGCGGCCUACCGGCAUCCCCGACGUCCAGAAGGUGGUGUCUUCCGUCGUCCCGCUUGGCACGCAGCGGGAAUUCGCCCAACGGUCGGCAGAUAUAUUUCAGCCACCGCGACCUCUCCCGUACACGCACUGUCGUCCAUGAGCGAGUACGACACCUUCCGUUUGUCGACACGUUCCUGACGGCUGUUUGCAGCGCUGCACUUCGCCGUUAUCUUGUCACCCCCCACUGUGUUCUGUCUGCUGCCGUCGUCGUCUUCUGUUUCAUGGCCGACGUGUUUCGCAGGCUGCCGCUGCUGGUCCUGGUUGUCCUGUUGCUGGUCGUCUUGAUUGUCUUCCACGUGUACGAGGAGGAGGAGGGAGGGACAUGCACCGUGUCGUUGGGAAGCGGAUCGACGCAGGAGUGGGCGGCUAUGGAGCUAUGCAGGACCGGCGGCGGCUUGUACGAGCAGUCGUUCACUGACCUCCUUCGUCCAGGGUUGAGCGGCGAUGGAGAAGACGACACCGUCAACCUGUCUUUCGGUCUUUCCACUGGGCGGUCGUCAACUCCAUCGCGCACACUCUUCGUGAACCCCCACCCCGACGACGACGGUGGGCAAUUGACGGUUGUGGACCGGCCAUCGAAGACGAGAGCGUUGGCACGAGAGGCGACGGGUGCGGACCCGAACCCGUCGACGCAGGCAGCACGGGCGUCGUCUCUUUCUAGGGGCGCAUCAGGUCGGAUCCAGUGGGUGCAGUCGCCUUGUCUGCGACAUCCAGCGUGGCCCGCCGUUGCGGCAAUAGCGUCGACACUGAAACCGCCUUCCUUGAUGUUGGUGACGACCGGGACGGGAGGGAGGUGAGGGCGGAGCAGCGACGGGAGCUUCGGGCGGG